AUGCUUAAUGCCUUUUGCUAUCUCUACACAGGUAUUGCCAAUGCAAUUUUUAGCGGCAGGAGCAGUGCAAUAUUUUACAGAAGCAAUGGGAACAUCAGCAGGGACCUCACCAACAUAACCUUUGGCUUUCGGACUCGGGACUCCGACGUAAUCCUGCUUUACGCAGAAAAGGAGCCAGAGUUUGUCACCAUCCGCAUCCAGAAUGCCAAACUUGUGUUCCAGUUGCAAAGUGGCAACAGCUUGUAUACGCUGAGCCUGGCUAGCUCGCGGCCGGUGAAUGAUGGGAUCCUGCACCAGGUGACCUUCUCAAUGAUGGAGCCCUUAUCUCAGUCCUCGAGAUGGCUCAUGGAUAUAAAUGACAAGGAAGACAUCACAACAAGUAUGGUUGCCACAGGAAACCUCAACUUCUUGAGAGAAGAGACAGAUAUCUACCUUGCUGACAAAGCUUUUGAUAACCUGGACGGGCUCAGAGGAUGCAUGAGCACUGUGGAAAUUGGUGGCAUCCACCUCUCCUACUUUGAAACCAUUGAUGGCUAUAUGAAGAAACCACAGGAAGAGCAGUUCCUCAAGAUAUCGGCCAACCCCGUCGUCACUGGCUGCCUUCCACUGGACGCUUGCAGCUCAAACCCUUGCAUGCACAACGGGAUAUGCGAAGACUUCUACUCUUAUUAUAGUUGCACGUGCGCCGAGGGGUGGACUGGAACCCACUGCGAAACCAACAUUGAUGAGUGUGCAUCGAAUCCCUGUGUGCACGGAAACUGCAGCGACAGAGUCGCAAUGUACAAGUGCAUAUGUGAUCUGGGCUACACGGGGUCGAGGUGCGAAGAAGACAUUGACGACUGCCGGGGCCAUCUGUGUGCAAAUGGGGCCACCUGUGUUGAUGAGAUUAACGGCUAUUCCUGCCUAUGUGCCGGGAAUUUCACCGGAAGGUUUUGCAGGUACUGUCCUGAAGCCUGAUGAAGAAAUUCACCCGCUACAGUAUCAGUCGCUUCCGAUCUCUUAAAUGAGGCAGUGAUUAAAAGCUGAACAAACCUCUGGGUUAGCAAUUGCACUACUAAGAGUUGCAUGGUGAGGAAAUCAGGUAACGUCGUGGGCACCCUCAGUCUUAUAAAUGUCCAUCAUUGUGAAUGGUGCUUUGCUCCCAGAUAAGUGUACAUAGGUCUUGUUCUUUUCUAAUAGCGUUUAAAGCAGGGUUUCCCAAACUUAGGUCUCCAGUUGUUUUUGGACUACAACUCCCAUCAUCCUUAGCUAGCAGGACCAGUGGUCAGGGAUGGUGGGAAUUGUAGUCCAAAAAAACCAGUGGAGACCUAAGUUUGGGAAACUUUGUCUACACAGAUAGAGAUUUAGCACUGAAUCAGAACUAAUGGUAAUCAGGUUUUCCGUGGAUUGUUGUUUGUUCAAAUUUAGUGCUAAAUUUGUGGGUUUUCCAGGGGAAAGUAGCAGGGCGAAGGCAAAACCAUGCAGACUCAUGCCCAGAGAGAAGUGCAUAGCAAAAUUUGGAGGUGUGAAUUUCAAAGGAUAGCUGUGUUUCAGCUCACACAUUGCUUUCGAAAUUGAGAAUUAGGUGAGUUGACGUUAAAAUCAUACCCCAGUGUUUCUCAAACUUGCUGUUUGACUACAUCAUCCCUGACCACUGGUCCUGCUAGCUAGGGAUGACGAUGGGAGUUGUUUGUCCAACAGCCGGGGAUCCAAGUUUGAGAAACACUGUCCUAACCAAACCUGAUUUCUUCUCCAUCCCUACUUACAAGGAAACAUGUACAGUGAGAGGGGGAAGUAUUGGAUCCCCUGCUAAAUUUGCACGUUUGCUCUCUGAUGAAGAAAUGACCAGUCCAUAAUUUUAAUGAUAGGUUUAUUGUACCUAUGAGAGACAGAAUAACAACAGGAAAACCCCCAGAAACCCAGAAGACAAAAGUCAGAGAUUGAGGUGCAAAAUAAUAGGGGAAAGUGAUUUUGUAGUCUUACCACUGUUGUUUUGCUUUAGAUAUAUACGGCUACCGUCUACAGUGUGCGGGAAUGAGAUCAAAAAUAUUACCUGUUACAACUAUGGCAACUGUUCCGAGCUCCAAGGACUCUUGGAAUGCAUGUGCCUCCCAGGCUUUACAGGACGGCGGUGAGAUUAUUAUAAUAAUCACAAUUUUUUUCAUAUCAAUUUUUUUUUCCAUGCGGUAAUUUGACUCACUAGAAACAGGAGCAGGGCUUUUUUUCAGCUGGAACUCACCAGAACACAGUUCCGGCACUUCUCAGGAGGGCGCCAUUGCCAUUUUAAGAGAGCAAGGAAGCUGUUCAUGGCGAGUCCUGGCAUUUAUUUUUCUAAAAUAAAACAGCACUGUAUCUCCAGUCAAUCCCGGAAAACACUGGGUUCUAAAAAGAAACAUUAGGUUCUAUUCACCACUAAAUAACCUUUCUCUUAUUUCAUUUGUAACCGAGCAACAGGAGCUCACCCCGUCGCGGGGAUUCGAACUGCCAACCUUCUGAUCGGCAAGUCCUAGGCUCUGUGGUUUAACUCACAGCGCCACCCGCGUCCUAAUGGCUAGUGUCUAAUGGCUGCAUUAGACAGUUUAUAUCAAAUCUAAUUUAGGCGGUGGGUGGGGUUUGGGGAAGGGGGGACCCCACAGGCAAGGCCUCUACAACCCCUGCCCUAGUUAAGCCAUCUAGCAGAGCCAAGGAUUUCAGUGAGCCAUUGAAAGUGGCCUCAGGCCUGUAUACCUGAAGGAGUGUCUCCACCCCCAUCGUUCAGCCCAAACACUGAGGUCCAUGUGCAAGGGCCUUCUGGCGGUUCCCUCACUGCGAGAAGUGAAGUUACAGGCAGAGGGUCUUCUCCCUUUGGACCGCCCUACCAUCAGAUGUCACGGAGAUAAAGAACUACACAACUUUUAGAAGACAUCUGAAGGCAGCCCUGUAUAGGGACAUUGUUAAUGUUUUCAUAUGUGUUGGAGGGGCAACCCAGCCAGAUGGGCAGGGUAUAAAUAAUAAAGUUAAUUUAUACCACCGUCUUACCUUUUCCAUUCACAUUAGUGAGUAGUUGGCCCGUGUAUUUACCUUUAAAAAAAUAAUCUUGCAGAUGUGAAGUGGACAUCAACGAGUGCACCUCUGACCCGUGCCUCAACGGGGGUCUCUGCCAGAACCUGCUCAACAAAUUCAACUGCAUCUGUGACUUGAACUACGCCGGCGAUCGCUGCGAGAUAGACGUAAGCGACCUCUCCUUCUUUGUCUCUCUCUUGUUGUGGCAGAACCUCUUUCAACUUCUCUCCUACCUCAUUCUGCGCAUGGAUGACGACCCAGCAGUGGAGUGGGGGGAACAGGACGACUACUAGCAGUCAGAUUGGGGGCGUCGUUUUUAAAGCCGUCAGAGCACAAUGGAAGAUUGGCCAAACAAGUACAGCUAGGCUGGGAAUCAGAACAGCGAGGGUAACCAUAAUCACACGCUGAUUGAGAGAGCCAGUGUGGUGUAGUGGUUAAGAGCAGUAGUCUCGUAAUCUGGGGAACCGGGUUCGCGUCUCCGCUCCUCCACAUGCAGCUGCUGGGUGACCUUGGGCCAGUCACGCUUCUCUGAAGUCUCUCAGCCCCACUCACCUCACAGAGUGUUUGUUGUGGGGGAGGAAGGGAAAGGAGAAUGUUAGCCGCUUUGAGAUUCCUAAAGGGGAGUGAAAGGCGGGAUAUCAAAUCCAAACUCUUCUUCUUCUUCUUGAUUCUGUUUCUCUAACAUUUUGAGCAUAUUUAAAAUGUGCAUUAUUUGGUGCCCUGAUUCUGAUGGAGAGGCUGUGAAGUAGAUUCUUGGUGCAGUUCAGCUUUUAAUGUGAGAUGAAAGCAAAACAUCCCUAAAGCAAGUUUUUGAUAUUUCAAAAGAAUAGCUGCAUCUUCUUUUUGCUCUGGAAUAGCUUAGCAGUUUGGAUUUGAGAUACUUCCCGUUUGUAUAGCGCUUUCCCACAAAAUUGUGGCUGAAGUGGCUCACAGCAUAACUAUUCGAAACAUGCUAGGUAUGGUUGUAAUCCUAGUAUCAGUAAAUACAGAAAAUGUUUAAAAGAUCAAUCCAUAAAAUAUCGUGUGAAAACAAUGUAAAUAAGCUAGCCUCAUAAUAGAGUCAUAGAACAUUAAGAGUUGAGAAGAAAUUUGGAGGCCAGAGUUCUUCCACCUUGGCUCGCUGGAUGUUGUUGGGCUACAAUUCCCAUCAACUGUAGUCCAGUAACAUCCAAAGACCAAACGUUGAAGAGGUCAGAUCGGCGACAUAUAAAUAAUAAUUAUUAUUAUAGCUUUCUUAUACAUUAUACUGUUAAAUCUGUUUUGAUGAUUUUUGUGAUUUUUUUAUUAUUAUUUACGUUGGUUGCAAAUUGCUUUGUACCAAAAAGGACUUAAGCAAUCAAUUUAAUAAUCCUAUGAAACUUUAAAAACCACCCUGCGAUCUUCAGAAGGGCAGUAUAUAAAUUUAAUCAAAAAUAAUAUUAAUGUCUGCUAGCGCAGGAGCAAAAACAAGAGGUAAACUAACUUGUUUAUUAGUUGAAUUAAAUCUUUAAAUGAUAAAUCCCCCUUCCUCUUCCCACCCCAAAUCACAAUUUGGCUUUGGUACCAAAGAACAAAUGUACCACCAAUGCUCUGAAGUUCUUACGAAUGGAAAAAGUCGUGUAUCGUGCAAUUGAGUAAAACACAUUCUCUCAGCCACCACUGAUAAUAUAAACUAAUUACUGGGCUGUAACAGGUAAACAGGUGUAAUCCAGAUAUUUUGGAAUACAUCUCCCUUUGCUGGCAGAGGCUGAUGUGAGUUGCAGUCCAGGGCACCAGGAUUUCAUUUUUAUUUAUUUGUAUACCACAUUUCAGACUACACAGCCCUCCCAAGGGGGUGUUUGCCUCAUUCCUAAAAGACUCUUCACCCCUUAUAUUUCCAGCCAAUCAAUCACUGUGCUAUGCCAGUGCAAGUCUCCUGAAGACCCCAGCCUAUCAAGAAGUCCUUUCCACAUAAUGUAGAAAUCGGAUCUUUAUUGUUGUGGCACCUGCCCUUUGGAAUGGACUCCCCUUGAAUAUUAGACAUUAGAUAAGCCUUCUAAGUUUAGAUCUUUCCCGGCCUACAUCUUUAUUGGAAUAGUUUCAAAAGAUGUUUUUUGUAGUUUUAUCACUUGUUGUUUGCUGUGCUGGACUUCUUUGGGAGGAAGCGUAGGGUUACAGAUUUAUUAAAUAAAUCUGUAUAAAAUACACAAUCCGUGUAAAACCAGGGCCUUUUUUUGCAGAAGGAACUCAGUUCCGGCACCUCUCAGGUAGACACCAUUGGCAUUUAAGAGAACAAGCAAAGCAUUCAUGGCGAGUUCUGGCACCUCUUUUUCUAAAAAAAAAAAUAGCACUGUCACAAAUUAAAUAACGCCACAUUACAUACAGCAAUAAAUAAGACCAGCAGGGGCAGGUUGGAAACUCCACACCCAGUGUACCCAACGGCCUGGGUGAACAGAUACAUUUUUCACUGGUGCCGGAAACCCAUUGGGAUUUGUGAGGGAAGGGCAUCCCACACGGUUGGAGAAGGUUGCCUUAGAGAUUGUCAUAGCUGAAGCAUACUAUUUUUUAACUCCAUUACAAAAGAGCUCAGAGCUGAUUGCCAUAGAUAAGAUUUCUUUAUAGGCACAUAAGGGAAAGAAUAGAAACUUGAACGAGAGCUAAGCACCACAAAGGGAUCUACAAAAGCAAGGUGCAUUUUAGGUUGGUGUAAGGAAACAUGGAAUUUGGAAACUUUGAACUCUCAGGGGCAUUUCCCUUGCAUACUGUGCUGCUAUUUCAUGAGAUGAAAAAUAGAUCAAGCACAAAAACCAUAUAAGAUCGACACGGAGCGUAUAAAUAACCCUCUGAAUAUUUGUGGAGAGCUAGAAGCCUGAUAUCGGAGGGAAACUGUAUACGUAUGAUGUGUCUUAUGUGAUCACUAACACAAUACUGAAAAGCCGCAUUCUAGUCUUAUUGAACUGUAUACAUGCUGUUAAUACUGGUGUUGUCAAUGCAACCCUGCAGACUGUCGCUUUCUUUAACCACCUUGUCAUCAAGAGCAUCUUCUGUCUUCACACAUGCUUGUUUGUCCUUCUCUUUGUGAAUGUGUAUUCUUCAGCUACAUUGUGUGUCUGUGUGGGCAUCUGCAUGCACUUAGCUUUCUUGUCUUUGUACAUAACAAUAAACCUUCUGCCUUUGUCAUGUUACAUCUCCCUUUUGCAUUUUUGUUUGUGCUGUUGCCUGCAUUCUCAUUUGCUUCCUGUGCGUCGGGAAUCUGCUACCCAGAAAGCCGAAGUUCAGUCCCCCCAACGCCGCCUUCCGCCCAACCCCUGAGGUGUGCGAUUGCUUAAACAUCUCCCGAGACUUGUCUCUUCCAAGUAAGGAGACUAUCAUCCGCCCUCCCUGAGGACGGAAAGCCUUCAUUUCCAGAAUACAUUUGGUGCCUGCUAUUUUGAUUUCACCAAAUGUCAUCAGAAAAAGAGAAACCACUUGGGAUUUUUAUCUGCUUAAAUUUUAAUUUCUCUUUCUUCCUCAUUUCCCUCCCCCCAGUCGCCCACCAAAAGCUAAAAGAAGAGUGCAUCAGAACAAUAUGUAUCUGACUCAAUUACUAUCCUGAGUCAGCAACAAUAUCAUAACGGUUGAGGUUGUAUACUUUGCCCAAGUGAAUAAAUAAUUUAGUUCUCCCAUACCUCUGAAUGCUUUGCAGUUACUAGAGACUCAGGUGGCCACAGUGGCCCGGAGUGCCUUCCAUAAAUUUCGGUGGGUGGCCCCGCUGUGCCCCUGUCUGGACAGGGAUAGCCUAAAGACUGUCAGUUAUGCUCUAGUAACCUCUAGGUUAGAUUACUGCAGUGUGUUACACACGCCCUCCAACAUUGCUCCAAUGAAAAAAGGGACAUUCUAUUCUACAUCAAGAGGUUUCUCUGGCAUUUGAUGGCCUGCACAAAAUUAUACAUUGGUCACCUUGAGGAAAUUGCAACCUUUCCGCCCAACCUACCUCACAAGAUUGUUGUAAAGAAAAAAUGUGCGAGGAAAGGGAUCGUGUAUGACAGCUUCAACAGAUAAAUGGAAUGGAAUUUUAGCUGUAGGCUGCCUUGAGUCUCUGCCGGGGGAAAAGAUGAGAUAUAAUUAAUAAUAAUAAAUAAUACUAAUAAUAAUUGGAGGAGGAAAGGAAGAAGAAGAAACUGAGACUGAUCAGGAACAUACCUGAGUAAAUCCUAUUGAACUCAGUGGGACUUAGUUCUGAGUAAAAAUGCUUAGGGUUGUAGUGUAAGGCUGCACAGCGUUUACCCAGUUACCUGGGAGUAAGCUCCAUUAAAUACAGUGGGACUUACUUUUGAAGGCUUGCAGUUUAAGGCUCCAUUUACGAUAAAGAAAUAAACACUCCAUGCAUUCCUAAAAAAUGGCUGGCUGCUGAAGCAUUGCCAUUCAAGAAUUUAAAGUGGACUGGUGACAUUUUCCUUCAAAAUUAUAGGAAGGGGUUCACAUGCCAGGUUCACCAUUUCCUGUGUGAUACAUGGUAUGUAGGGAGAAAAGCUUCUCCCUCCCUCAUGAUAUGAGAACCCGUUUAAUCAAACAAUGCUCAAUUGUGGGAGAUCCAGGCAGAUAAAAAAGGGAAGGAAAUAAUUCUUCACACAGAACAUAGUUAUUAUAAUUAUGAUUGAUUGACUAAUCACAUUCAAAACAACCAUCUCAAGGCAAUGUGAACUCUAUAUAUAUAUAUUUUUAAAAAAUAGCAAAUGCAUUUGAAACAAGACUUCCGAAGUAGACACCCAUGGUAAAGACCCAUUUAUCUGGGAAAGCUUUUGAAACAAAAACGUCUUCAAUUGUUUACAGAAAGUGCAGGUGAUGGGCACCUGUCGUAUCACGAGAGGAAUGCUGUUCCACAGAACAGGGGCAGCCACACACAAAAAUCCUGCUCCAAGUUACUGCAGAGCAGACUUCUGAGAUCUUUGGAACUUGCAUGAGAAACUCUUCCACAGACCACAGAGAUUUACUGGGCGUGUAAGGGAUAAGGCGGCCUUUCAACUAACCUGGUCCCACAAAAUAUAGUGAUGGCAACCAAUUUGGGUAAUAGUAAAAAUAUUAAUAUAAGGGACGCGGGUGGUGCUGUGGGUUAAACCACAGAGCCUAGACUUGCCGAUCAGAAGGUCGGCGGUUCGAAUCCCUGCGACGGGGUGAGCUCCUGUUGCUCGGUCCCUGCUCCUGCCAACCUAGCAGUUCAAAAGCACGUCAAAGUGCAAGUAGAUAAAUAGGUACCGCUCCGGCAGGAAGGUAAACGGCAUUUCCGUGCGCUGCUCUGGUUUGCCAGAAGCGGUUUUGUCAUGCUGGCCACAUGACCCGGAAGCUGUACACUGGCUCCCUCGGCCUGUAAAGUGAGAUGAGCGCCACAACCCCAGAAUCGGCCACGACUGGACCUAAUGGUCAGGGGCCCCUUUACCUUUACCUUUAAAAAUAUUAAUAUAGACUAUAACUGCAAGUACUUGGCAAUCAGUUUAAAUGAUUGCUGUGCAAUUUUACACACAUUUUACUUACUAAGCAAACUAUAUUAUAUUAAUUUUACCAAAGUAUAUUUUGAACUCCCAAGUCAUGUUACAGCUUUUUUUUGCAAUCCUCAUUUUGGGAAUUUGAAAGUUGAAAAAUUCAACACACCCUACUAGGCUGGGCCUAGGGUUUUACUUAGGGACUUGUGCUUGGAUGUUCACAUGGAUUUCUUGUGCAUGCUGCUUCCCCCAGUCGUCGUCAUCAUCAUCAUCAUCAUCAUCAUCAUAACAACUUAUUAUUUAUUAUUUAUACCCCACCCAUCUGGCCAGGUUUGCCCAGCCACGCUGUGUCUUUAAUAUUCUGUUGGGAGCCGCCCAAUCAAACAUCAAAAACUUCCCUUAUAGUCAUUAUAGUGGAGGAAUAGAAAAUCCACUCAUGUAGAAGAAUGCAUACAUACAUCUGCUUCCUCCAUUAGAAUGAAUGGGGUAGCACUCAUAUAAAUCUGGAACCAGCAGCUGGCAUCCUCAGGCGGCUGCCAUGACAAGGCUCACUGUAGACGUCAGAUUUUCCCCAAGCAACCUUCAUGCGGCUAUGAAUGACCACUGUAUUUCCCUUUCACAUAUCAAAUGCCAGUCUCUCCAGUUAUCAUCCUUGAGGUUCAGGUGAAAGCAACGUGUUCAGGGUGGUAGAAUCCAAAGGAACAGGAUCUCUCCAAACUGGAGAGGCGACAACACGCCCAAUAAAUUUAGACUGGAGGUAAGCGUGACUCUGGUGGGACGUGGGUGGCGCUGUGGGUUAAACCACAGAGCCUAGGACUUGCCAAUCAGAAGGUCGGCGGUUCGAAUCCCCGCGACGGGGUGAGCUCCCGUUGCUCAGUCCUACUCCUGCCAACCUAGCAGUUCGAAAGCACGUCAAAGUGCAAGUAGAUAAAUAGGUACCACUCCAGCAGGAAGUUAAACGGCGUUUCCGUGUGCUGCUCUGGUUCGCCAGAAGCGGCUUAGUCAUGCUGGCCACAUGACCUGGAAGCUGUUCGCCAGCUCCCUCGGCCAAUAAAGCGAGAUGAGCACCGCAACCCCAGAGUCAGUCACGACUGGACCUAAUGGUCAGGAGUCCCUUUACCUUUUUAAGCGUGACUCUGCAAGCACACACUAGACCACGCGGAAGAGUAUCAUACCCCACGCUACUGGAAGAGGUGAUGUUCCACAAGUUCCCAUUCCCAUCAUGCACUUGGAUUAGUCACUGUGCAGAGCUAAUAUGGACUGCACUUUUGAGUAGGUGCUCCUGUACCUGCUCAAACAAGCCUGCUUGAAAAGUGUGGCACAAAGGAAUGGUCUGUAUGGCACAGACUUAAAAAGUUAUGGAUCCUCUUCUUCCUUACUCUCUUGGUAGCUAACAAUAGCCCACACACUACUUGUGCAAGGUCUGCUGGAUAAUAUUAUUUUAGCCUUGGGGGCAAGUUAGAAUUAUAGAAUCGUAGAGUUGGAAAGGACCAACUAAAGCAUCCAUGACAGAUGCCCAUCCAACCUCUGCUUUAAAAACCUCCAGAGGAGGGAAGUUCAACCACCUCCCAGGGGCAUCUCUUCCACUGAUGAACAGCUCUUACCGUCAGAAAGUUAUCCCUGGUAUUUAGCCGGAAUCUCCUUUCUUGUAACUUGAAUCCAUUGGUUUGGCUCCUACCUUUCAGAGCAGGAGAAAACCAGCUUGCUCCAUAGAAUAGAAUCAUAGAAUCAUAGAGUUGGAAGAGACCACAAGGGCCAUCGAGUCCAACCCCCUGCCAAGCAGGAAACACCAUCAGAGCACUCCUGACAUAUGGUUGUCAAGCCUCUGCUUGAAGACCUCCAAAGAAGGAGACUCCACCACACUCCUUGGCAGCAAAUUCCACUGUCGAACAGCUCUUACUGUCAGGAAGUUCUUCCUAAUGUUUAGGUGGAAUCUUCUUUCUUGUAGUUUGGAUCCAUUGCUCCGUGUCCGCUUCUCUGGAGCAGCAGAAAACAACCUUUCUCCCUCCUCUAUGUGACAUCCUUUGAUAUAUUUGAACAUGGCUAUCAUGUCACCCCUUAACCUCCUCUUCUCCAGGCUAAACAUGCCCAGCUCUCUUAGCCGUUCCUCAUAAGGCAUCGUUUCCAGGCCUUUGACCAUUUUGGUUGCCCUCCUCUGGACACGUUCCAGUUUGUCAAUGUCCUUCUUGAACUGUGGUGCCCAGAACUGGACACAGUACUCCAGGUGAGGUCUGACCAGAGCAGAAUACAGUGGCACUAUUACUUCCCUUGAUCUAGAUGCUAUACUCCUAUUGAUGCAGCCCAGAAUUGCAUUGGCUUUUUAGCUGCCGCGUCACACUGUUGGCUCAUGUCAAGUUUGUGGUCAACCAAGACUCCUAGAUCCUUUUCACAUGUACUGCUCUCAAGCCAGGUGUCCCCCAUCUUGUAUUUGUGCCUCUCAUUUUUUUGCCCAAGUGCAAUACUUUACAUUUCUCCCUGUUAAAAUUCAUCUUGUUUGUUUUGGCCCAGUUCUCUAAUCUGUCAAGGUCGUUUUGAAGUGUGAUCCUGUCCUCUGGGGUGUUAGCCACCCCUCCCAGUUUGGUGUCAUCUGCAAAUUUGAUCAGGAUGCCCUUGAGUCCAUCAUCCAAGUCGUUGAUAAAGAUGUUGAAUAAGACCGGGCCCAAGACAGAACCCUGUGGCACCCCACUAGUCACUCUUCUCCAGGAUGAAGAGGAACCAUUGAUGAGCACCCUUUGGGUUCGGUCAGUCAGCCAGUUACAAAUCCACUGAGUGGUAGCAUAGUCAAGACCACAUUUUACCAGCUUCUUUACAAGAAUAUCAUGAGGCACCUUGUCAAAUGCCUUGCUGAAAUCAAGGUAGGCUACAUCCACUGCGUUCCCUUCAUCUACCAGGCUUGUAAUUCUAUCUUCCAUGUGAAAGCCGUUGAGAUAUUUGAAGAUGGCUAUUGUAUCUCCUCUCAGUCGCCUCUUUCCCAGGCUAGACAUGCCCAACUCUCUCAACUGUUCCUUACAACGUUACACACCUAACAGCAACAACAAUAGAAAACAUGAAUGAGUGUGGCGGACAACAGCAGUAUCAAAUUCAGUGCAACUAAAACACUGUAAGUGAAGGAGUUUGGGAUUCUCACCGAAUUUGCCUUUCAGAGAUUACUUAAUAUAUUCAUUAACCGCAAGUGUUAGUUAUGUGAACAUGUCCUAAUGACACUUAAAUUACAAUAAUAAAUGCCCGCUGCCUCAUGAAUAAUUUAUUCCCUAUUUGCAUAGUCAUCCUUAUGCAGUUAUUCCUGAGUAAUUAUCAUACUGACUUAAAAAGGUGUCAAGGACUGAAUAACUACAUUCCCUUUCCUGGGCUCAUCCUCUCCCUCCAUUGGCCAUGUGCAUCUUUCUUUUGUAAUUCUGCCCUUACCCCAUGCCAUCUCCGUUCAAAAACAGGCAAAGAGCAAAACGCCCUCUAGUCCAGAGGCACCACUUCAAAUUUCAAUAGUUAAAAGGGGGAGCAAGAUUCAACAAGGUCAACCAGAACUUGUAGGUGAGGUGACAAAGCAGUGCACGAUAAGAACAUUUUUUGUCAUUAAGGUUAUUAUUAUUAAUUAGUUGUUAUUAUUCAAUGUAUUUUGUGUGCAUUUAAACCCCGACAGUCUCCAGAUUUGGCGGACUACAAUGCAGACCCAGGGUUUUGUUACUUCAUAUCAUAAUAUUGUAACAAUUCAAAAGAGACAUGCAAAGCCUAAGAUAAAGGUAAAGGGACCCCUGACCAUUAGGUCCAGUCGUGACCAACUGGUCUUGUGGCGCUCAUCUCGCUUUAUUGGCCGAGGGAGCCGGCGUACAGCUUCCGGGUCAUGUCGCCAGCAUGACUAAGCCGCUGCUGGCGAACCAGAGCAGCGCAUGGAAACGCCGUUUACCUUCCCGCCAGAGCGGUACCUAUUUAUCUACUUGCACAUUGACGUGUUUUCGAACUGCUAGGUUGGCAGGAGCUGGGACCGAGCAACGGGAGCUCACCCCAUGGUGGGGAUUCGAACCACCAACCUUCUGAUCAGCAAGUCCUAGGCUCUGUGGUUUAACCCACAGUGCCACCCGCGUCCCAUGCAAAGCCUAUGUCUAGCUUAAUCAUUCAAAAAUGAUAACUACUUAUAAUGGAAUAGGUUUCCUCUGUCCUUCCAUACAUAACAGGAAGCUCCAUAGCCUAUCAGUUUGUUUUUCACUUUAAAGAGAAUCUGCAUUCUACGUGAAUAACAGUUAAAUUUUAGGAGUGACAAGAAAGCAAGUUCUUGGCUCCUGGUCUUACGUAUGAAGUAAAGGACUCCUGGACGGUUAAGUCCAGUCAAACUUGACUAUGGGGUAUGACGCUCAUCUGGCUUCAGGCCGAGGGAGCUGGUGUUUGCCCGCAGACAAGGACAUUAUACAGAAAAGAAGGUGGCUGGCCCACAGUUUUCAUGUUUUAUAAACCACAUUGAGGUUUUCUUAUAAUCAAGCAGGAUAUAAAUGUUGUUUUUUUAAAAAGUAAAUAAAUAAAAUUGGUCGGGACUUUCCCUCGAAAAUAAGGAUGGUCCUAACCUUGCCAAUGAUUUAUUCAGCUCCAAGGUGACCCCUUUUAAAACAAUAACUGCAAGACUCUUCCAGUCCUUUUAAUUAAUUAAUUUAAACUGUACACCCAAUUUAGAAUACACUGGGCUUUGUUCUUUAUCUUAGGCAUUCCAAUUUAUUUUGCUCGCAGAGGCAUUUUUGGGAGGGUUAAGCAAAUUUGUUCAAGAACUUGUUGAAUAAUUUGUUGGCAUGAAUGCUGACUGUUCAUUCAGUGGCUGCUUAUUGCUAGGUUUCAUUGAGAGAAAGGAUCAUGCCACACUAUCUGUCUUGAAUAACAGGCCUGGUGAGAAUCAUAUGAAGGGCCCACUGAGGGCAUCUUAUCCAAGUUACAUGGGUGGCACUGUGGUCGAAACCCCUGAGCCUCUUUGGGCUUGCCAGCCAGAAGGUCGGUGGUUCGUAUCCCUGUGAUGGAGUGAGCUCAUUGCUCUGUCCCUGCUCCUGCCAACCCAGCAGUUUGAAAGCACACCAGUGCAAGUAGAUAAAUAGGUACCGCUGCGGCGGGAAGGUAAACUGUGUUUCCGUGAGCUCUGGCUUCCACCACGGUGUCCCGUUACGCCAGAAUUGGUUUAGUCAUGCUGGCCACAUGACCAGAAAGCUGUCUGUGGACAAACGCCAGCUCCCUCGGCCUGAAAGCAAGAUGAGCCCAUAGUUGCCUUUGACUGGACUUAACCGUCCACGGGUCCUUUACCUUUUUACCUAUCCAAGGACAUUGUUGCAACCCCUCUCCAAAGAAAAACUGGAACCAACACUACAAACCUCUUAAGCCCUCCCCAUGCCCAAGGAAGUAUGGUUCCCCCAUGCCCAAGGAACUAUGGUUCUGUGAGGACUACAUAUCCUCCAACAUUUCUCCAAUUAAAAUAUGGAUUGUCCUGUUUAAUGAUGAUGAUGAUGAUGAUGAUGAUGAUGAUAUUAUUUAUAGCCCACCCAUCUGACUGGGUUGUCCCAGCCACUCUGGGCAGUUUCCAAUAUAUAUAAGAUGAUAAUAAAACUAUACAGGGCUGCCUUCAGAUGUCUUCAAGGUUAUAUAGUUACUUAUCUCCUUGGCUCAGGGGACACAUAACUCCAUACUCUUCAAUAUUUCCCAGGCACGUCCUACCUUACCCUCUUUUAAAUCUUGCAAAACCAGAAGAGAAACUGCAUGGGAACACACCCAGAGUCAGGCACAGUGUGGGCUUAAGUGUGUGGCUCUUCAUUUGGUUUCCCACGUUACCUGAAGGGCUAGCAUUCCUCCCCUUUGGGAUUUGUGCCUAGUCAAACUUCCACCUUGUAAGAAGUAAAAUCCACAAGGGGAUUUCAGAAAGACGCCAAAAUGGAUGAGGCAACUCCCCUGUUUCUGUUGAUAGGGGGGGUGGGGACCACAUACAGCUAGUUAAAAAAGAAACAGGGCUUCAUUGGUUUGGGGGCAAUUACAGAUAAUGAGAUGGAUGGGAAUAGAUCAUUUCAAUGUCUUGGAAUAUUUUAGCUGAAAUCAAGUCUCUCCAGUUUCGUUUUCUCCCCUUCUGUCUUCAUGCAACAUUCCCACAGGAGUAUGAAGCUCAGGCACCAGGAGAAGCUACUGGGGAUCUUCUAAGCUUUAUUUACAUUAGAAAGGAUGAUUCACUUGGGAGUACAAGCUACACAGGGAAAGGGGGAGUAUAUGGCACAGUCUGCUACUAUAAGGCCACAUUUUUAAAUUCUGCGAACCUGAUCUCAGGUUAAGGAUCUCUAGAUCUGCCCCAAAUGUUCACACCCUGGUCAGAGCCUGAUGUCCAGUUUAAGCGCAACUUGAAAUGGACUUAAACUUAUAAGGAUCAUCUAUUAGAGGGAGGCAAUGACUGAGGAAGAGAUUUCAAUGGCAAUUCAAAUACCCAUCUUCAUUAUACUUCUUGACGUGCGAGGGUUGAUCAGGUCCACGCAGGCUAAACUGGUGAAUUCCAUCUUGAAAUGGAAGUAGUUUCAACUAGCAAAAAUCCAAAUAACUGCUGUUGUUUUCAGUAAAGGUUUCUGCUUCUUGCACACAACAAACCAGUUGUUCCAACUUUCCAGGGACAGUCCCUUUCUCUUUUAGGAAAGUCACUAUCUUGCUUUUUAAAGGCAGAAAUCAAGUAUGCUUUAACAAUAUAUAUAUAUAUAUAUAUAUAUAUAUAUAUAUAUAUAUAUAGUAUGCAAGGGCAGGGCAUUUGGUUCAUACUCCCCCCCAAAACACAGCAAUCUUUUGAAAUGUGCGCAUCUCCAAAUUUUGUAAUUGGAAUUCCCCAACCAAAUAAUGAACACAAAAAUGUGCAUAUUACGGGGCAGUGUAAUAUGUCCAGUCACGAACGAGUCUGGGGUUGUGGCGCUCAUCUCGCUUUACUGGCCGAGGGAGCCGACGUUUGUCCACAGACAGUUUUUCCGGGUCAUGUGGCCAGCAUGACUAAGGCGCUUCUGGAGAAACCAGAGCAGCGCAUGGAAACGCCAUUUACCUUCCCGCCAGAGCGGUACCUAUUUAUCUACUUGCACAUUGACGUGUUUUCGAACUGCUAGGUUGGCAGGAGCUGGGACCGAGCAACAGGAGCUUACCCCGUCUCGGGGAUUCGAACCGCCGACCUUCUGAUCAGCAAGCCCUAGGCUCUGUGGUUUAGACCACAGCGCCACCCGCGUCCCUGUCUAUAUAUAUGUAACUUCCCCUAAUAUGCACCUUUUCAUAUGCACAGUAUAGGGCAUUUUUUCAUUUUAUCCCAGUAUAUGCAAUUUUGUACACAUUACUUGGUGGGGAACUGAAUUGUAAAAUUUAGAAAAGUGUGCGUUUCCAAGGAUGGCUGUGUUUCGAAAAGUGUGAACCAGAUAGGUUUGGAUUUUUACAUGUGAACUGAAUUGAAUUCCCUCCCCCAUCCACAGCUGGAACGCAGUCCCUUCAAACACAGUUAAAUCCUGAAAAACAGUUAUUUAGAUAUCUAACUUACUGAAAAACAGUCUCAGCAGGAAACUGACAAAUUUACUAAGUUCACUUUAAUUGACAGAAGUCUGUAAAAAGAAAUAUACCGGGUGCUAAUCAGACACUAUUGCCACAAUUGGACAAUCACCAUCCAGAGGCUCAGAUCUGAGAUGCAAGAUAAAUGAUCCAGCCAUGGAUAACCAUCUCAUCAAAAAGAAAAGCAAAUACAGUGGGUACCUCGGGUUAAGAACUUAAUUCAUUCUGGAGGUCCGUUCUUAACAUGAAACUGUUCUUAACCUGAGGUACCACUUUAGCUAAUGGGGCCUCCUGCUGCCACUGCCGCGCAAUUUCUGUUCUUAUCCUGAAGCAAAGUUCUUAACCUGAGGUACUAUUUCUGGGUUAGCGGAGUCUGUAACCUGAAGUAUCUGUAACCUGAAGCAUCUGUAACUUGAGGUACCACUGUAUUUCAAUUCUUUAAAUAAUGAUUUCCAUGUUUCUUUCAAACCCAAAUCCGUUGUGCUUGCUUUGCGAUCCCUGAGCCUCGAUUAACUUUCUUCCAAGGAACUACUCACGGGGAUAAUACACAGACAGACUUGCUCACACAGGUUACAAUCGUCUACUUAGCAGUGAGCAAAAACAUAGAAGCUAUGUGUAAUAUGUGAGGCCGGUAGGACCCUGGCUUCUGACAAUCAAUAUUUAGAGCUGGAAGCAGAAGAUGGCUGCAAUUUAAGUGUUGCACCCAGACAGAAGAGUUGUUGGCUUGCUACCUUGCUGUCUGACAGCAUGAACCACCCAAAGAGCUAUUUUGCUAACCAGUGAUUCGUGCUAAAUAUUCGCUAACCUGCCAGGAUUGUUUUGCAGAAUCCUAGCACUGACUGGAAAGGGCAGUUCUCCGAGUUAUUUCUUAUAUUGCUAAGCAUAUCUGACUGUGCAAGAUCCAAGGAAUUUGGAACGGCUGGGAAGUUAUGUGUAUGGUAUUCAUUAGUUGUCCAGGGAGAUGGUCAGGAGUGGGGGACAUCGCAACACUUUUCUAUGCAUAUUGUAAGGCGUUAGGAAAGCAAUGUGGGAAGCAUAUGCAAAAUCGCUGAAUGCUAGUGCUUGCAUCUGGUUAAUCUCAUCAUCCAGCCAUCCUGCGCUCCUGACACAGGCCCAAUUCAGACAUGUAUCUCAUGCAGCAUCCUUGCGCUGCUCCUUUUCUCCUCUUUUGCAAUGCACUUCCCAAGUUAAUUAUUAUUUAAUUAUUAUUUCAGUGUCUGAACAGGGAAACUGUGGUUCCCAAGAUCAGACCAAGCCAGGAUCUUAAACCAAAAUGAACUGUGGUUGGAGAUUCUGUUUUAUGCCAAUCCAAGCAACCAUCGUUUCAAAGUUUGGCUGAAAUGGGAAACAAUGGAUUAAUUAACAAUGAAUUAAAGCAGAUUCCGACUAAACAUCAGGGAGAACCUUCUGAUGGUAAGAGUUGUUUUACAGUGGAACGGGCUCCCUCGGGAGGUGGCGGACUUCAUUUGAGGUUUUGAAGCAAAGGUUGGACGGCCAUCUGUCAUGGAUGAUAUAGUUGAGCUUCCUGCAUUGCAGGGCAUUGGACUAGAUGACCCUCAAGGUCCUUUUCAAUUCUUUGAUUCCAUAACCCAGAAAAUAUUGAAUUGUCAGUACACUGAGAAGGAAAGAGGGAAGGGACAACGCAUGGGUGGAACAUACAGGUGCAAAACAUAAUAACUCUAGAUGUAGCAGUCUGAGACAUGUAUAUGCAAACUGGGCUAUAGCAAGACUUCACACAAUAUUUUACAAAUGUAUAAAUUUUAGAAAUUUUUGCACUUACCAGCUUAGUUGCUGAGGGAGGUGGUUUCAGAACUUUCUGGCAUGCUGUCACAUAACGUUGUUAUUAUUCGGCUAGUCUUCUGAAAUACCAGGAUGCCAUUAAAAAUCACCUUGAAACAAAAACAUUUCCUUGCCUUUUAAAUUGUUUUCCCACAAUAGUUCCUUUCAAUAUCACCACCAGAGUAGCUGUCUUGAUCAAAACCUUAGUGCCAACGAAUUCUGUUUGUCUAACACAGUGAUGGGGAUCCUGCAGCCCCUUAGCUGUUGAUGGACUACCAAUCCCCAUCAUCUCUGACCACUGUCUAUGGUGGCUGGAACUGAAAGAGAAUAGAAGUCCCAGGUUCCCCAUCCCUGAUCUACUGGCUUCCUUUGAAAUAUUUAAUACAUUUUCACUGAGGAGGAAAUCUCCAAAUUUCUCUUUCGGCAAAAUCUUUGAGAGACAAAUCUCUUCUUUUCACAAAAUCGUUGGGGAUGGAUUUAUGCAGAACUUAAAGCAAAGUUCUUUUGCCUUCCCUCAUAAGCCUAGAUGUUUUCCUUACAGGAGAACCUUCAAAUUCACUUCAUAUUUAACUUCAUGUGAAAUUUGGUGGAAACCCUAUUUAACACUCAUAAAGUGAGUGACAGAAGUGUCUCAAUAAAAGUGGAAAAGGUGCCAUGCCAGGCUGACAAGCAAGGCUAUGAGGUCUAUAUUUCCAUUCUAUAAAGUGGUAAUCAGCAUAAAGGCCUACAUCCGAAGACCGCCGAGGGCCUCUUGUAAUCUGAGGAGUGCUUGGCUUGAGCCCAUAUUGCUAACCAUCUGGUGCCUCAGCAUAGCCGUAGUCUCUAAAGACUGGCUAUUCCAACAGUUAUCACAUGCCCUGUUGUGAACACCAGUCUCCCGUUGGUGAACAAUUACUCACAUAAUUGGAGUUUGUGGCCGAUGUCAAUCCAAGUGAGGAAUUUGCCAUCUGGCUGCUUGUGGCAUGAUAUGCAAAAGGUAGAGCUACAAGGCGGACUAUUUAUUUAUUGCCCCUUAAAUCAUCCCACUCUUCCCUCUGAGAAGCUUUCAGAACAAUCUCCCAUCUUUCCUACCCAGAUAAUGACCAGGUUGAAGCCCUUUGAAGCUUUAACAAUACAAGUGGUGUAGCAAUAAAACUGCUAGCACAUUUGCAAAGCUAAGCAGGUCCCGCUGUGGUUUUAACUUGGAUGGGAGACAGUGUGUUGAGAUACCUGCAUUGCAGGGGGUUGGACUAGAUGACCCUGGGGGUCCCUUCCAACUCUACAAUUCUAUGAUUCUAACAGCAUAGCUGGCAUAUAGUUCUGUGGUCAAAAAACAGUCUCUCCAGUUAAAGAGCUUUGCCCCCAAAUCUUAGAAAACGUUUCCCAAUUAAAUCAGACAGUACUGGACAAAAGAGUCUGACUAAGUCUGAAGUAGUUUUACAUAAUUACUUCCUGAGCCUAGAAAAUCCCAUUUGAUAUGUAUUUAAUUUAUUUUAAGUUACUUACUUUCCACUUUUUAAAAAUAUCCAUUCCCAAAAGCAUCUUAAAUUGUAAAAAUAAAAAGAGCCCAAAUCAUCUCAAAAGCACAGGAGCUUUAUAAACUUGUAGGGGGAAAAACAAUCUUUAUAAAUAGGGAUGGGGAACCUAUAUCCCUCCAGAGGUUGUUGGACUACAACUCCCAUCAUGCUUGACUAUUGGCCAGGUGCUGGGGCUGAUGGGACUUCUAAUAAUUGUACCCCGCUCAUAUGACUGAGUUGCCCCAGCCACUGUGGGCAGCUUCCAGCAUAUGGGGCUUCAAGUCAAACAACACCUGGAAGAUCACAAGUUUAGACCCCUAGUCUAAAAACAGGAGAGGGAUUUUGCUGAAUCUCCUUAGAGAUUUCUGUAGUCACAGUGCCACCACUGAGAAAACCCUCUCUCUGCUCUCUGCCAAUGGAAGCAGGACCUCCUAUGAUGAUAUAAAACCUGGGCAGGCUCACAUACUUAAAGUUGGCCAAAAUAGCCUGGCCCUUGGUGGCAAAGGGCUUUAAAGUUUAUAUUACUUGAUGAAGGUAUGGCAUUUUCGUCCACCCUUCCAGAGACCGUUUUACAACACCAACUUCUCUCUCUGAUUAGCCAGUCUAUUUUGUGUCCUAAGAUAUGGUUCAGGGCUUCAUUGUAACGUUCAGAGACUGAUCAUGAGCCCUGAGCCAAGUUUACAUUUCUUGAAUGCUACAUGGAUUUACUUAACCUCCCCUCACCCACUUCAAGGAUCUCUUAAUGUUUCCCCUGGCAUGCUGUCACUUCCUUACAUUGCAAAGGAAAUGCUACUCUACAGGCCAUUUCUAUAUAGAGAGUAACCCCAAACAGUGAUGAGCUUUUACUCAAAGCAUUAUCGGUAGGAAUCAACAUCAGUAAGAUUCCUCCAUGCAGGUAGCUGAAUAGGGUUCCCUAGUCUCCAGGAAGUGCUUUUGAGACUUUUGACCUCUCAAGUUCUUUCAUUUGUUCUUAAAAAAACAUUUUGGAUUUGAAACAUUUUGGAUUUUGUGUCCUAAGAUAUGGUUCAGGGCUUCAUUGUAAAGUUCAGAGACCAGCCAAUGCUCAUCUCUAUGUGCCUAGGCAUUGAAAUAUGGUGGCUAGCAGACCCUAAUAUUUAAGGUCAGCCAAAACCUCUUCCGUCGUCACCAUUUCAAAAACAAAACAAAAACCUAAUAAAGCACUUCUCUCCAAUAAGCCAAGUUCUUUUAUGUUAAUUAAUCACCCAGCUAUCAGCUGGCCAAGCAAUAUAUACUUGAUCCUGAUGGGACUCGACUGGCGAGCCUGCUGGCAAUUUUAAAGUCAGUCCACAGCUAGCAAGGCAACCUGCCCAGAAGACCAGGACCUUGCCGUGGGAACCAGGGGUUUAUGCUGCUAUCUAGUGCAAUGGGAAAGGGAAGGUGGCAGCGGGAAUAGCUGUGAAAUUGGAUGAGAGAACUGAACUGUUGCAAAGGAUUACUCCAUCAAGCUGUGCGUAAUUUACUUUAAAAUGAAAGUAGCAGAUUGUAAGCCUGCUGAAAGUUGUGUGUCGUGCCAUGCAGCUAAGUUACUUGGCGAUCAAGGGAAAGGGCUCUUAUGUAGGGCUAGUAUCUGAAUUGGCUAACCAACCAAUAUUUUACCAGAAUGACCAUUAAAACCAGGUUCUGCAAGGAAACCAUAGCUGUUUAGCACCUGUAACAAGGUGCAGGGGGUGGGGCCUGAAUCCAUUAUACUUUAGGAAUGAAGAAACAAUCCCUUAUAUCAGGAACACAAAAAUUCAGUUUAUGAUUCAUCAGCCCAACAAUCAUGCAUGCUGGUCUGCCAAGGGUUCAACUCUUUUAAAAAGUAAGUUUUUAAUUAGGAUUUCAUUGCUAUCAAGAGUGAGUUCAAUACCUUUGAAGAAUUUCCACUUCUUGGAGGAGGGGGUUUACUUCAGAGUACAGUGGUACCUCAGGUUACAUACGCUUCAGGUUACAGACUCUGCUAACCCAGAAAUAGUACCUCGGGUUAAGAACUUUGCUUCAGGAUGAGAACAGAAAUCGUGCUCGAGCGGAGCGGCAGCAGCAGGAGGCCCCAUUAGCUAAAGUGGUGCUUCAGAUUAAGAACAGUUUCAGGUUAAGUACAGAUCUCCAUAACGAAUUAAGUACUUAACCUGAGGUACCACUAUACAGUAGGGGACGCGGGUGGCGCUAUGGGUUAAACCACAGAGCCUAGGACUUGCCGAUCAGAAGGUUGGUAGUUCGAAUCCCCAUGAUGGGGUGAGCUCCCGUUGCUCGGUCCCUGCUCCUGCCAACCUAGCAGUUUGAAAGCACAUCAAAGUGCAAGUAGAUAAAUAGGUACCGCUCCGGCGGGAAGGUAAACGGCGUUUCCGUGCGCUGCUCUGGUUCGCCAGAAGCGGCUUAGUCAUGCUGGCCACAUGACCCGGAAGCUGUACGCCGGCUCCCUCGGCCAAUAAAGCGAGAUGAGUGCCGCAACCCCAGAGUCAGUCACGACUGGACCUAAUGGUCAGGGGUCCCUUUACCUUACCACUAUACAAUAUUAAUUUUGCACAGAAUAGGUCCCCUAAAGCAAUUUGUUAUUUCAUAUUUUCCCAAGCUAUAUUCAUGGGUUUACAUUUUGGAGAGAUACCACGUUCCCUCGACGAGCCUACCAAUCAAUACAUACCGCUUUUGUAUCAAACACCACAUCACAAAAUGCAAGGAUAUUAGUUUGGGCUGCGAUCCUAAGGCAAAAACUACGGGGCAGUGCAUGGGGAGGACUUAAGUUGUGAUGGCUUCCCCUCAAUGGUUGUGGUCAUGGGAUAGUGUUUCCCAAUCAAUGCCACAUCUCUCUGGGGUGGAAUUAAGAGUGACUUUAUUAUUUUUUAAAAAUAACUUUUAAGGAAAUGUGGUUUCUAAUCCUAGGUAAAGGUAAAGGGACCCCUGACCAUUAGGUCCAGUCAUGACCGACUCUGGGGUUGCGGCACUCAUCUCGCUUUAUUGGCCGAGGGAGCCGGCGUGCAGCUUCUGGGUCAUGUGGCCAGCAUGACUAAGCCGCUUCUGGCGAACCAGAGCAGCACACGGAAACGCCGUUUUCCUUCCCGCCAGAGCAGUACCUAUUUAUCUACUUGAACUUUGAUGUGCUUUCAAACUGCUAGGUGCGCAGGAGCUGGGACCGAACGGGAGCUCACCCCGUCGUGGCGAUUCGAACCGCCGACCUUCUGAUCAGCAAGUCCUAGGCUCUGUGGUUUAACCCACAGUGCCACCCACGUCCUGUAAGAUUUGCCUAAAAGAGGCAUGAGUGUUGUAGAUAAUAAUUAACACAUUUUCUAAAUAUAAUCAUAAUUGAUUUUAUUUCCUCAGACAGAGGGCAAUCAUGAGGGCAGAAGGAGGCUGUAAUAUCUGCUGAUCAUGAGCCCUGAGCCAAGUUUACAUUUCUUGAAUGCUACAUGGAUUUACUUAUCCUCCACUUCAAGGAUCUCUUAAUGUUUCUCCUGGCAUGCUAUCACUUCCUUACAUUGCAAAGUAAAUGCUAUUCUACAGGCCAUUUCUAUAUAGAAAGUAACCCCAAACAGUGAUGAGCUUUUACUCAAAGCAUUAUCGGUAGGAAUCAACGUCAGAAAGAUUCCUCCAUGCAGGUAGCUAAAUCAGGUUCCCUAGUCUCCAGGAAGUGCUUUUGAGACUUUUGACCUCUCAAGUUCUUUCGUUUGUUCUUAAAAAAACGUUUUGGAUUUGAAAGUUCUGCCCCAAGCACAUGUUCCAUCUCUGACAGUUCAAUUGUCACUAGGGAUACAUAUCAAAAAAACCCAAAGCAAAAUCUGCCUGGACGAUCAAAAUCCUCCCAGGGUGAUGUUGUCCACAAUGACCGUGUUUUUCCUAUAGUACUUCCUGCUGUUUCAGAGGUUUCCAGUGCAAAUUGGACUAGAAACAGAGAGAUAACAUUAAAACAGUUUCCUCCUCUCUCAAAAUUCUAGCUUCUUCCAACAGCUGAUUGGAAGAAUGUUUGAUUAUACUGGCUUUAUGGGCAAUGAUUUCAUGAAAACGUCCUUGCAUUUAUAAAACCUGUGCAUCAAAGAGCAUAAUAGAUCCAUCCAUCCUACACGUUUUUUCCCUUAAAAACAAAACAAAACAGGGGGGAGAUCAGAAUGAUUGUGAUUAUGUGGAGGAAGCAACUGGGAGACUUUUUUUUUUUUUUUGCCACUAAAGCAGCUGCAGACAGGGGGCAUCACUGAAGACUACAGGGAAAUGUGGGAGUCUGGUUGGGAGAGAUAUUUGAAGUCAUUUGCAUCAUUAAUCAUAUAUAACAAAUUUCAACAUGCAGAUUGUCUUGGCACAUGUAAACUGUUUUGAUAAAGUAAGCUAGUUUGGGGGGGAAAUAGUUUGAAAAGCGGGGUAGAAAUAAUUGUAUCAAAUGUUCCAUGUGCGUGAUCUCACUGGAACAAUUGGACUUCUGUUUACUCUCCUCUCCCUGCCACACUCUAAUCUUCACUGGAGGGUCCCCCAACUGCCCAGAGCUGAUUAUGGGAAAGUGGGCAGUGCCAGACCCUGGGGUCUCAAAUUUCUGUGUCUCCCACUGCCUCUCACCUUCCAUUCCACAUAAUACAGUGGUACCUUGGUUCUCGGACAUAAUCUCUUCCGGAAUAGCAUUCGACUUCUGAAACGUUUGAAGACCGAGGUGCAAAGGGCUGGCUGCAAGUUCAAUUGGGAAAACUGAAAAACACGUAGCAAAAGCUGUUCAACUUCCGAGAAGUGUUCAAAAACAGAAGCAAUUACUUCUGGGUUUUCAGAGUUUGAAAACCAAAACAUUCAGCUUCAGAGAUGCUCGAAAACCGAGGUACCACUGUAGUUGCUGCACCCCCAAGGCUCUACACCCAGUGUGAACGAACUGGUUGCGCUCCCCUAAAUCCGUCUCUGGUGUGGGAAAGGAGAGGAAGUUCGGUUGUGUACAUGGAAGUCCCUUGCACCAGUGGAACUAUCAUGUUGGCUAUAGCCCAGAAACUUGCCAUCUUGCUUAAUAUGUGAUUUUAGCCAUUCAGAAAAUAUAGCAGCAAAACUAUGACUUUUUCAGUAUACAAAACAGUCGACAGGGGUUUUUUUGCACAGCGAAAAAUGAAUUCAUUCCUUGGCAAAUACAGAACGGCAUACCCCCAUCACUCACAAAUACAGACUAACCAGAUGGACUUUCCUUGGUAGGUAUACCUUUAAAUGGAAAUUGUUCACGUCACAUGGUUUCCCUUCAUGGUAACUCCUAUGCAUGUUCCUUUUCUCUUUCCACACCAACCACAUUGUGUGUUGUUUCCACCCUUCCAGCUAACAACUGACCUGGCCUCCAAUAUUUUCACCGCCAUUGGCUCAGUGACACUGGCCUUGUUACUGAUCUUCCUUCUUGCGGCCACAGCUUCCGUCAUAACUUCCAACAAACGGGCUACCCAAGGAACCUACAGCCCCAGCCGCCAGGAGAAAGAGGGGUCCCGAGUCGAAAUGUGGAACAUGGUACAACCUCCCCCAAUGGAAAGGUUGAUCUAGCUUGAACUCUUGCUGUACCUCUUACGUAUAUGGAAGUCUCCGGCUAGAAUGGGUUGUUCUGGAGACCAGGGAAAGGAAACCCCUCUAGACCAUGAUGACCUCUGCCAUUUAACUCGACACCUUGGUCAGUAUCCAAAGCAUCAUGCACAUUAUCCCAGGUGUACCUGGGGGCUUUUCUGCUUGCCCCUUUCACCAGUAGCCUCCGAUUCUUCUGAUAUUCAUGGAAGCCUUCAUGAGAUGUGAGGGACUGCAUUUGGAAAGGGAACUGAGCACUCAGACACACAUACCUGGAAAUACUAUGGGGCCGCAGAUCUCAUUUCCCACUUUCUGGAAAUUCUUAUUUAUUGCACUGGAAAUUUUAGCUUUAGUCGAAUCGCCUGUAGGCUAUAAAGACUGCAAUGACUCUAGUAUACUUGUUAAGUGCCUGCAUUUCAGAUACAACUGAAGCCACAUAUUUUGUUUCAUUCCCUGUGCAUCUGCCUAGCAUUCACCAUCACUGCAAAAGACAAAGCGGAACACUCAUGUAACCCCAGAUAAUCUGUCUGCCGUUCAAUCAUCUCAAGAAGUUUUAGGAGUAGAGGUCUUUCUCAGCAGCACAGCUAUCUUAAUUCUUUAAUCAGGGACUAAAUUAAUACUGCGGGGGAAAGCUCUUCAUGCAGCAAAAUAAACAUUUCAAAUGAUC